AUGGCAGCAGUCGCCGGGCCGGUCGCGAAGCGCUCGCCGCAAGACACCGUCGAAGCUCGAGAAGCAAAGAGACGCAUCACAGAAGCUACAGAGAAAUACGGGCGUGGCAAGGCAGUACAAUUGAAGAAAAUCAGAGACAAAAAGCUUCGAGGCAACCUCAGGACUGUUGAGGACCGAUACAAAACAGCUGCACUGCGCGCAAAAGAUGCGGAGAUCCUCCUCGAGAACGAGUCCGGAUUCCUAGAGCCCGAGGCGGAACUUGAACGAACCUACAAAGUCAGACAAGAUGAGAUCAGAGAAAAUGUUGGAAUCGAAGUCGCAAAGAAAGGGUUUGAAUUGAAAUUGGAGGAACUUGGACCCUAUCGUGCAGACUAUACGCGAAACGGCAAGAAUUUACUCUUGGCUGGGAGGAAAGGUCAUAUUGCGACGAUGGACUGGCGAGCCGGGAAGCUGGGAUGUGAACUACAACUUGGAGAAACGAUUCGCGAUGCGAAGUGGCUGCACAACAAUCAAUUUUUUGCCGUGGCUCAGAAGAAGAACGUUUAUAUCUACGACCAUGCCGGUGUAGAACUUCAUUGCCUCAACAAACACGUCGAAGCUAAAUAUCUUGAAUUUUUACCCUAUCAUUUCCUCUUAGCUAGUGCUGCAAACAGCGGUUUCCUCAAAUAUACAGACACUUCCACAGGCCAGCUAGUUGCCGAACUACCUACUCGACUAGGCUCCCCAACGUCACUUUGCCAGAACCCGUGGAAUGCGAUCCUCCACGUCGGCCAUCAGAACGGUACAGUCACUCUUUGGUCGCCUAAUUCGCAAACCGCCCUUAUCAAAGCUCUUGUGCACCGAGGUCCAGUACGAUCAAUGGCCAUUGAUCGACAAGGUCGAUAUAUGGUGUCCACUGGUCAGGACAUGAGAAUGAAUGUGUGGGAUAUUAGAAUGUUCAAGCCGGUCCAUUCGUAUUCUUGUUACCAACCUGGAUCAAGUGUCGCAAUCAGCGACCGCAAUCUCACAGCUGUUGGAUGGGGCACACAAAUCAGUGUCUGGAAGGGUCUUUUUGAUGCUGCCGCUACCGACGCUGGAAAAGUGCAGAGCCCGUACAUGGCAUGGGGUGGCGAUGGACAACGCAUCGAAACUGUCAAAUGGUGCCCAUAUGAAGAUAUUCUCGGUGUAACCCAUGACAAGGGUUUCGCUAGCGUACUUGUCCCUGGCGCCGGAGAAGCCAACUUUGAUGCCACAGAAGUCAAUCCCUACGAAACAACCAAACAACGCCAGGAAGCUGAAGUCAAGGCCUUGUUGAAUAAGCUGCAACCCGAAAUGAUCUCACUCGAUCCAAACUUCGUCGGCAAACUCGACUUGAUCAGCGACAAGAAACGGCGCGAAGAGCGUGAAGAAGACAACAAACCCAAAGACGCAGCAAUAGAGAAACUAAGGAACCGGGGUCGUGGCCGCAAUAGUGCACUCAGAAAAUACCUCCGAAAGAGAGGAAAGACGAACGUCAUUGACGAGAAGCGUCUCAAGGCUGAAGCCAUACAAAAGGAACGCUCUUCUCAUCAAAACGAGACAUUGCAAAAACAGCGAGAGGAGCUGGGCCCUGCGCUUGCCAGAUUUGCGUCGAAGAAGGAUUUAUAA